AUGGUCCACUCUGGUCGAAGCUCAUGCCCCGUUUCUCCAGUUGUCGUUAGGCGCGCGUCCGUGUGUGCCAGUGUGCGUGCGAGAACGGGACUGCAUCGCUGCCCAUUCAAUUCAUAUUCAGACGCCGACAAACACUGAGAUACAACUAUGGCCUCUGGGGUGACUGUGACGGAAGAUGUGGUGACCGUCUUCAACGAGAUGAAGGUGCGGAAGGCCCAGGCAGGGGAGGAGGAGAAGAGGAAGAGGAAGAAGGCGGUGCUCUUCUGCCUGAGCGACGACAAGAAGAACAUCAUCCUGGAGGAGGGCCAGGAGAUCCUGCAGGGGGACGUGGGAACCACCGUACAGGACCCCUACCUGCACUUUGUCAAGAUGCUGCCGCCCGAAGACUGUCGCUACGCCCUCUACGACGCCACCUACGAGACCAAGGAGACCAAGAAGGAGGACCUGGUCUUCAUCUUCUGGGCCCCAGACAAGGCUCCGCUGAAGAGUAAGAUGAUCUAUGCCAGCUCCAAGGAUGCCAUCAAAAAGAAGUUCACAGGCAUCAAGCAUGAGUGGCAAGUCAAUGGCCUGGAGGACAUCAAGGACCGGCGUACCCUGGCAGAGAAGCUGGGGGGCCAGUCAGUGGUGUCUCUUGAAGGGAGCCCUAUAUAAACCCAGCCCCAGGCUUCGUUUGCGGCCUGUAGGAAGACCAGAAUUCAGAAUUCCAUGGGGUUUGGCUGUUCAUUCCAA